GUACCCCACUACGCAUUCACAUUACAUCGUUCGUAAUUCUCCAUCCAUAAAAAUGCUCAAAAGUCACUCAUUCACUCCUUCAAACACAAACCACCAAGUAGCUAUGCCUCUGCCUAACCUCAACCUCCACCACCGCCUCCUCCUCCUCCUUCACAUUUCCCUUCUAAUCUCCACCAAUCACAUUUCUCCAAUCCAAGCCCUCACUUCCCCCUCAGACAUCUCCGCCCUCAAGGCAUUCAAAUCCGCCGUCAAACCCUCCUCCAUUCCGCCGUGGUCUUGCCUCGCCUCCUGGGACUUCACCACCGACCCUUGCGCCAUCCCCCGCCGAACCCACUUCACGUGCGGCGUCACCUGCUCACCCGACUCGACCCGGGUCACCCAAAUCACCCUUGACCCCGCCGCCUACUCCGGGACGCUCACCCCGCUAAUUUCUCAGCUCACCAACCUCACCACUCUCGACCUCGCCGACAACUACUUCUCCGGCGCCAUCCCAACCUCCAUUUCCUCUCUCUCCAACCUCCAAACCUUAACUCUCCAAUCCAACUCGUUCUCCGGCUCGCUCCCUCCCGCCAUUUCCAACCUUAAAUCCCUCGAAUCCUUAGACAUUUCCCACAAUUUACUAUCUGGGUUUCUCCCAAACACAUUGAACUCGCUACCCAAUUUACGACGGCUCGAUCUGAGCUUCAACAAGCUCGCCGGCACAAUCCCCAAACUGCCCCCGAACCUCCUUGAACUCGCUCUGAAGCACAAUUUGUUAUCCGGGUCGAUUCCGGAAUCGGCCUUCGCCGGCUUGACUCAGUUGGAAGUGAUAGAACUCAGCGAGAACUCGUUUUCCGGGGCUCUACAGUCGUGGUUCUUUCUCCUCCCGUCGCUCCAGCAAGUAGAUUUGGCCAAUAACAGCCUGACAGGUGUCGAGAUCCCGCCCAAUGGCGGUGGCGAUCUCGUGGCCCUUGAUUUGGGUUCUAACAGAAUCGAAGGUUACGUGCCGGUAAAUUUCGGGAGCUAUCCUAUGCUGUCGUCGCUGUCACUUCGGUACAACCGGCUACGUGGCAGGAUCCCAGUGGAGUACGGGCGGAAAAAGUCGUUAAAGAGGUUGUACUUGGACGGGAACUUUUUGAUUGGGCAGCCGCCGGCGGGACUGGUGACCGGAGGUAAUGGAGUGUCCGGAAGCUUGGGGGAUAAUUGUCUGCAGGCGUGCCCAGCGUCUUCGAAUCUGUGCAUACCUCCGCAGAAACCUAACGCCAUUUGCAAGCAAGCGUAUGGUGGUGGGAGAGGAAAACCGAGGUCUUGAUUCUUGAAGACCUGAAAUUGAAGCGUCAAAAUAUGGUUUGUCGGCCAAAGUAUUAACUAUUCUUUAACUAUUUUUAACGUUGAAUAAGCUAAAUUGGAUAUUGCUUUUUUCUAUUGCAAUUUGUACAAUAUACAUAAUAAUUAAAAGAUCGAGAUUAGGAGAAAUUCUUGUGUCCAUUACUCGUUUUUAUCAAUGUAUUGUAAUGGUGUCUGGUUAAUUGUGUGAGAAUAUGUAAAUGUACGAAUCACUUGAUCUU